UCCUCCUCCUCCUCCUCGCCUCCUGCUCGGGGCCCCGGAGAUGUUCGGGAUCCAGGACAACCUGCCCCGCGGGGCCACCACCAACAUGAAGGAGGAGCCGCUGGCCGUGCGCUCCUGGAUGCACUCGGCCGGCGUGGUGGACGCCAACACGGCCGCGCAGAGCGGGGUGGGGCUGGCCCGCGCUCACUUCGAGAAGCAGCCUCCGUCCAACCUGAGGAAGUCCAACUUCUUCCACUUCGUGCUGGCGCUGUACGACCGGCAGGGCCAGCCGGUGGAGAUCGAACGCACCGCGUACGUCGACUUCGUGGAGAAGGAGAAGGAGCCGACCGGAGAGAAAACCAACAAUGGGAUUCAUUACAAGCUGCAGCUGCUGUACAGUAACGGAGUGAGAACGGAGCAAGACCUGUACGUCCGCCUCAUCGACUCCAUGACCAAACAGGCCAUCAUCUACGAGGGUCAGGACAAGAACCCAGAGAUGUGCCGAGUCCUGCUCACUCACGAGAUCAUGUGCAGCCGCUGCUGUGACAAGAAGAGUUGUGGAAACCGGAACGAGACGCCGUCAGACCCCGUCAUCAUCGACAGAUUCUUCUUAAAGUUCUUCCUGAAGUGUAACCAGAACUGUCUGAAAAACGCAGGAAACCCACGAGACAUGCGGCGGUUUCAGGUGGUGGUGUCGACCACGGUGAACGUGGACGGCCACGUUCUCGCCGUCUCCGACAACAUGUUCGUACACAACAACUCCAAACAUGGCCGCCGUGCCCGAAGACUGGACCCCUCUGAGGCAGCUACCCCCUGUAUUAAAGCCAUCAGUCCCAGUGAAGGCUGGACGACAGGUGGAGCCACCGUCAUCCUCAUCGGAGACAACUUCUUCGAUGGACUGCAGGUGGUGUUUGGCACCAUGUUGGUGUGGAGCGAGCUCAUCACUCCUCACGCGAUCCGGGUGCAGACGCCUCCUCGGCACAUUCCCGGGGUGGUGGAGGUCACGCUGUCCUACAAGUCCAAGCAGUUCUGUAAAGGAGCGCCGGGACGCUUCGUCUACACAGCUUUAAACGAGCCCACCAUCGAUUACGGCUUCCAGAGGUUACAGAAGGUCAUCCCCCGUCAUCCCGGAGACCCCGAGAGGCUGCCCAAGGAGGUGCUGUUGAAGCGAGCGGCUGACCUGGUGGAGGCGCUGUACGGGAUGCCUCAUAACAACCAGGAGAUCAUCCUGAAGCGAGCGGCCGACAUCGCUGAGGCGCUUUACAGCGUUCCCAGGAACCACAAUCAGAUCCCGUCGCUAGGCAACACCACCUCCCACGGCAUGAUGGGAGUCAACUCGUUCAGCGGACAGCUGGCUGUCAACGUGUCCGAGACCACGCAAGUCGGUUACAGCCGGAACACCAGCAGCGUGUCGCCGCGGGGAUACGUACCGAGCUCCACCCCCCAGCAGAGCAACUACGGCAACACCGUCAGCAGCAGCAUGAACGGAUACGGGAACAGCGGCAUGCCCAACAUCGGCGUGGCAACGUCACCGGGCUUCCUCAACGGCUCCACGGCAACCUCCCCCUACGGCAGUAAGUAUCAAGUGGUGCCCUCCAGUCCCACCAUGGCCGUGUCCAACUGCAACUCCUCCCACGGAGUCUUCUCCUUCUCCGCCGCCGUCAAACAGAAGAGCGCCUUCGCUCCGGUCGUCAGGCCUCCGGCGUCUCCGCCGCCGCCUCCCAACUGCGCCGCCAACAACGGCAACGGGCUGCAGGCCAUGUCCGGCCUCGUCGUCCCUCCAAUGUAGAAAACCUCCCCCCUUCUCCUACCUCACCUCCUUCCUCCCCCUCAGCCACGAGCACUAAUCACCCGGGAGGAGGGCGUGGCUGUUGCUUGAGGAG